AUGGCAGAAAACUUGGAUAAAUCGGGAGGAGAAAGAAGGGUUCAAGAAUCCAUGGAGAUCACAUUGAGGCCAAUAGAAUUAUCGGAUGCAGAUGAUUUCAUGGUGUGGGCAGCAGAUGAUAAGGUAACAAGAUUUUGCCUUUGGGACACUUACACUUCCAAAGAACAAGCACUUAACUAUAUCAAGAAUUGUGCUAUUCCACAUCCAUGGUUAAAGGUCAUCUGCAUCGGCAAUCGUGCAAUCGGGACAAUUUCAGUGACUCCAGGUUCCGGUUUCGACCGGUGUAGAGCUGAGCUUGGCUAUGUACUGUCCUACAAGUAUUGGUGCAAAGGGAUUGUCACUAGGGCUGUAAAAAUGGUGGCUUCAACAAUAUUUAACGAGUGGCCUUAUUUGGAGAGACUACAGGCCAUAGUGGCUACGGAUAAUGAAGGGUCACAAAGGGUGUUGGAAAAGGCAGGAUUCCAAAGGGAGGGUGUCCUUAGGAAGUAUAGCGUUAUCAAGGGCAAAACUAAAGAUGAGGUUAUGUUUAGCCUUUUGUCAACUGAUUCUUUUGUCUAA